AUGCCAUCAUCAACAGCAUCCGUCUUCAACCCUCGUCAGCGCCUCUCCAUCUUCACAAACUCAACUCUUGGCCACGAUGUCAGCGCAGCCUUCAAGGCAUCCUCGGGUCCGACUUCACGCUCAUCAGACGUGAACGAGACACCGGCACCACCACCAUCACCAGUCGACUUUACCUUCCCCAGCACGCCAGCCCACAGCAGAAGGGGCAGCUCCAACUAA